CCACAUUACUGAUACGUACUGGUUUUUGGAGACGGCAGGGUCGCUAAAUGCAGUAAAACAGAAGUAAACGCCACCGACACACAGAAGGAUUGCAACAAAGGAUCAUUCGGUUGAUACGAGAUCACUACAUUUCUCCAUUAAGUCAGGUGACCGUCCGACCCACAGAUGAACUUUGAGCAGCCACCUCCGUACCCGGGCCAGGGUCCGACGGCCCCGGGCUACCCACCCCAAGGACACCCGCAACAAGGUUACCCGGCAGCAGGCUACCCUCAGCAGGGUUACCCAGUCAACGUGGAGCAGGGUUACCCUGUCAACAUGGAGCAGCCUAACCCCGCCUACCCCAACUACCCUCCUGGUGCCAUGGGCCCCGGGGGCCCCUACCCGGGGCCCGGGCAGCCUCCCUACCAGGGAUACCCACCACAACCACAGUUUGGUUGGCAGGGAGGGCCCGGGCCGGCCCAAGGCCCCAUGUACGGAGAAGGCCCCAAAAACACAGUAUACGUGGUGGAGGAGCGGAGGAGAGAUGACAGUGGAGACACAUGUCUGACGGCCUGCUGGACGGCUCUGUGUUGCUGCUGCCUGUGGGACAUGCUGACAUAA